AUGCGUUUCCAUGGCCUUGCCACGGCACUGGCAGUUGUGUCCAGUGCUAAACUCGCCAUCACUCAGGAGUGUCCCCCCGGCUAUGCUAGACCAGGAAACAUCACCUGGAUCAAUUGUGAUGUCGCUACGAAUAAGGCGCUCCAAUGUGCGACUCUCGAGGUUCCCAUGGACUGGACGAACCCGAGUGCGGGCGAGAAACUCAAGUUGCGUCUCGUCCGUGUGCCAGCAGCUGCUGACACUCCGAAUGCGAAAUCGAUCAUCGUCAACCCUGGUGGACCCGGAGCAAGCGGCAUCAAGCAAUUCAUAAAUGGCACGGCCGGUUAUCAAGACGUUGUGGGCAACAGCUUCCACAUCAUCAGUUUCGAUCCUCGUGGUGUUGGUCUGACCACACCAUACACUUGCCCAAAGAUCGCUGACAGUGCCGGCUCGUACAAUACGGACGAAGGUCUUGCGGCUACCUUCGCAUACAACACGAAUCAGUCUGAUGCUUGUGCCAAAGCGGAGUACUCCACCUUGAUCGGAACUGCAUUUGUUGCAAGAGACAUCAACGCGAUCGCGGAAGCCAUUGGUGAAGACGGUUUAAUCAGAUACUGGGGUUACUCUUAUGGCACGCUCUUGGGCGCGACUGUGGCGGCCAUGUUUCCGAAUAAGGUUGAUAGGGUCCUUCUUGAUGGCAAUAUCAACCCUAACGACUACUAUCGCGGACUAGGAGAAGAAGGUUCCACCGAUUACGACCGCGCUGUCGCUCGUUUUUUUGAGCUAUGUGCCGCCGCUGAUCCUGCCAAUUGUGACGUUGCAGAAGCUGGCAAAACUGGUCAACAACUACUGGACACUUUCGAUGCUUUCCUGUCAAAAGUUGGGUACGACCAGGCCAAGACGGUUCGAGACGCAUUUCAGCCAAUACUAUACCUCCCCAGUCCAACAGCAUACAAAGAGUUCGCAACCAAACUAAGCGGCUUUUACAAAGACCCUCGGACCAUCAAUGCAGGCCCUGUCGAGCGCCGUCAGUUGGACUGGACCCCGAACUACGUUGAAAACAAUACUGACCUUGCCCUUACUGGAAUCACCUGUGGUGAUGUUGUAGAGAGGCCAAUAGGCUCUGAAGCCAACUACAAAAGCUGGCUGGCGAUAUACGAGAAGACCAGCAAAUACGGAGGUGACAUUGCAAUAAACAUUCUGUUUUCGUGCUCCGUCUGGGCUUAUGACGCCAAGGAGAAGUUCACAGCCCCGUUCAGCAACAUCCGCACGAAAAACCCUAUCCUCUUCGUCAACACACAGUACGAUCCUGUGACACCUCUCAUUUCUGCACAGAAUUCAGCUAGAGGCUUUGUAGGAGCCCGGGUGCUUGUUAGCUCAGGUGUCGGGAACUACAUGGUCAACGGAACCUUUCCAUCAGAGAAUAAGGUCUACACCCCAGAUGUGACGAAUGUUUUCAACAAUAUUCCGGAUCGCAAGAUAGAUGGACCAAACAUUAACACCCGCGACGUGGACUAUCCAGCUUUUUUCAAGGACGAACCUUUUAUCGUAAAGCGACAAGAUAAUAUUCCAGACGGCUGUACACAAAUCUCCGCCUCCUCUUCUCCUGCUGUAUCAUCGUCGUCCGUUGCCUCUUCGACUAUCGUUAUAUCCUCGACUCCAGCUGCUUCGUCGGUGUCCGGUGUGACUUCCAACGCAUCGUCAGUUCCCGAAAGCUCUUCUGGAUCUAUCGAAUCGUCAAUUCUCGACGCCUCUUCUACUCCCGUAGCCUCCAUGAGCCCUAGCGAGAGUGCUUCUUCGUCGUUAGUCUCAUUGACGUUUGAUCCGCUCCAAACGGGAGUCUCUACAUCUUCGGCCUCUACUCAGGACGGUGCGUCUUCGGAGCUAGCAUCGAGCGGUGAUUCUACUUCAAGUGCUACCUCUUCCUCGAGUGGCACCUCUGAUCCGACUGGUAUUGUUGAUCCAAUCGACGCAUCAACAUCAGAUGCUGCAUCCUCUAGAAGCUCAAUACGCUCUAUCGUGGGCCCUGGCAUUAUGACGACUACCAGUCCUUACAAGUCAACCUCCGUGUAUGCAGCAAUCUCUGCUUCUACUAAGACUUUGAAGUCUAGACCUUCGCGCACUUCGUACCCGGUGCAUUACGGUCAGUCGUAUGGAUCACACGGGCCUAGUAGCUCAGCCGCCUAUGAUAGCUACGAUGACAGCUAUGAGGACAGCUAUGAGGACAGCUAUGAGGACAGCUACGACAGCAGCCGCACUCCCAGCCGCACUCCAGCCUGGGCACAUCAGUCCGGCUACGUGCCGAUCACCAAGAUCUACACCGAAGUUGCGGUGCAGACGAUCACCAAGUGCGACCGCGAUGGCGAGUACUGCCCUCUGAACUUGGCUACACCAACUGCAUAUGUUACGGAUGUCAAAACAGGAACAAAAGUGGUGGCUGUUCCGACCAAGAUUGUUUACGCGACUCGCAUCGUAGAUGUUUGCUCCACUGGCCUGACGACGAGUGCAGUAACCGUAACGCAGACAUGCAAAGACGGUUGCACGGCGAAGCCAACAGCCUGUGCUGAUGUUCCGGCAAAGCCCGCUCAGCCCGCUCAGCCUGAACAGCCUUCGGUCUAUCCUGCGCAGGCUUCAUCCGUCCCUAAUUACAAACCUCAGGCUGAGCCCACCCCUGUCACUCCUGCGAUACCUAACAACCCGAAGCCUGUCGUCGAUGGUCCCUCAAAACCUGUGGAUGGCCCUUCAAAACCUGCUGAUGCCCCCUCAAAGCCUGCUGAUGCUCCCUCAAAGCCUGUCGACGCCCCCUCAAAACCAUCGAAGCCAUCGGUCGCCGAUGGAUAUAAUGCAACCAUCAUCAACAGCUGGCCAGUUCCCUCAGCGCCAGGGAAUGCUGUGAUCAUGCAGACAGGGACUGCUUCGAUCAACGGGUACCCAUGCUCGGGAGGUAACUGCAGUGCUGCGCCCACUUCGUCUAAUCCAAUGCAGCUCACAUGGAAUGCUUCGGCCGGCGUGUAUGGAUGCUCAGGAAGCAACUGCGGAGCUGCACCCACUUCCCCUCCGCCAGCGCAGUUCACAGGUGCUGCUGUGCGGAAGAACGCGGAAGUUUUCUUUGCUGCGCCGAUUAUUUUCGCUGCAUACCUCUUGUAA